UUUGCCCACACCUCAAAUACCCAAGCCCAAAUUUUUCCCAUUCCUGAAUCCUCCUGCUGCCCCCCUAUCUCGCAGCAACACCUUAUCUCCAAAACCCCAAUUCUAGGGUUUUGGCCAUUCCCCUUCCCUCUCCUCCAAACCCCCAAAAAAACCCACACCAGGAUUCGCACCAACCUUUCAUUUCUUCAUUUUGAUCGCAAAUGGAACAACCACCAACCCCAAAAAAUGCACUUCCAAAAGAGAAAAGCAGCGGCAACAACCAGAGGAAAAAGCUGCCGACCGCAGGAGAGCUGGUAUCCCACUAUGAAUCCCAAGGGCUCGACUCCAAUGAAGCCUCCAUAAAGGUCAUAGAAGACCUCCAGAACGCCCUCUUCAGGGUCAUUUCCUCCGGGAGAGGCAGAAAAGACAAGUUCAUGGCUGAGACCUCGAGAAAGAUCGAUGCCACCAACAGCAGGCUCGCAAUUCUUGACAUGAAAGUGGAUUCCAAGCCUGGGUAUGGAGAGACUUUUGCCAUUGGGGUUGCUUCUGGUGUCGCCUUGAAAGGAAUUGGGAGUGUCAUGCCUCAUGUUCUUGGGGCUCUUGGUCAGAUUUGGAAUUCUGUUAGGAGUGCUACUAAGUCUUCUCCUUGAAUGAAUCUUUUUUGUUCCUCAGCUUUUGUGUGUUUUUUUUUUUUCCUGAAUAUCUUCCUGGGUUUGUUUGGACUCGUAUUGAAUACUUGGAUUUGCAGGGGUAAAGUGAAAGGAAAAUUUUUGUUUC